AUGGCAAUGGCCUCCUCCUCGGAGAUGUCCGGCGGCUGUGUCUCCGGAUCCUACGUCGACCCGCCGUCGUCCUGGUCGUACUGCGCUAUGGCUUUUGAAGUAGCCGACACUGAUCAGAAGAUAGAGAUGGCCAAGGAGCUUGGUAGCAACCUGCUGAAAUGUGCUUGUGACCAACAUGCAAUUCACGCCAUUCAGAAAUGCAUAGAGUUUGUGCCACCACAUCAUAUCCAAUUCGUCUAUAGAAGCUUAUGUGGGAAGGUCAAGAUGCUAUCCUCCCAUACUUUUGGAUACCAUGUCAUUCAGAAAGCGUUGGAGUUCUGCAAGGAUCCGCAAAUGAAGCAUGCGAUUGUCACGGAGAUUCUCGAAUCUGUCAACGAGCUGUCGGUAGACCCAUAUGGAAACUUUGUUGUCCAGUACAUUGUGGAGCACGGAGAGCCCCAUGAAAGACAAAUUAUUGUGCUGAAAUUCGAUGGGCGGGUUAUGGAGAUGAGCCACCAGAAGCACUCUUGUAAGGUCAUCGAGAAAUGCCUAAUCCACGGCAGCUACAUGGACCGCAAGCGGAUCAUAGUUGAGAUUCUCUGCGCCGCGGGUGGCACAACUGCCGAUCAUCUACUGAGUAUGAUGGUCCACGAAUAUGCCAACUUUGUGAUACAGAGGAUGCUUGAGGUGGCGCUGGAGUGGCAGGUCGACGUGAUUGUGAAGCUGGUGAGGCGUCACGAGGCCAUGCUGGCCAAGUACCCCCACGGCAGGGACGUGAUAGCGCAGGUCGACAAGGUCGUCAAUGCCAGGGCGGGGCUCCCCGGCUCCGUUGCACCAGCACCACCCCAGUCCCCCUAGCUGUGGCCUCUCUCUUUGCCUGUGUCCAUUCUUCAUUCCAGAAGCUGCGGUGGUUCGCAGAAACUAAACUCUGUUGUUUCCGUGUAAUAAGGGGAGAAGUAAACUACAGCUUCCGCUGGUCUUAAGACUUGUCAGGUCUGUCGUCUAUUUUUUUUUUUGUUGCGAAU